AUGGGUCUGGUCAAUAGUAAAGACUUCCUAAAAAAGAAGGUUGAUGAGGCCACAAGUAACUCAAGCCUAUCAAAUCUACGUUACGUAAUAACCGAGAAACCAAAAUGGAAAGUUUUCAAGAAGAGAGAAGCUGUAGCAAUCCCGGCGUACACAGCCUUGAAGCCUUUGAAAGGUUGUCCGUGUGGUAACAGCGGUCCUUGCAAACAAAAAGUCACGCCCAAAGGAGUCACAAUACAUUAUCCGCAGAAAAAAAAGAAAUUUUCCGCAUUCGGCACAAAAUCUAGACGGAACAUACCGGGGAAAACUGAAAAAGGACCAUACGCACCAAAUCAAAGGGUCACUCCCAAUGUCAAAGUGAUUCGACCAAGAAAAUUCCCUACGUGGAGACUCGAUAAGAUUUCUUAUAACACCUACAGAACACCCGUCAUUACUCCAAGGACGUAUCGUUAA